UCCAGCCUCUGCAUUUAUGAGUUAACCACGCUUUCCAGAAGUUGCUGCUCAAGUUUGUAAAUUCCUUUCGGUGGCUAGCAGCUCUCCCCAGACCCUCAAUCUCCUCCUCCUCCAUCCCUUCCUUCCCUUUUUUUGGCCAAAUAAAACCGGAUCUGGGCCAGGAGAAAGGAGGAGGAGUAGCGAGAGGAGGGGGAGGGAGGUCGGAGACGAAGAGGUUGAGAGGUGAGGGGGGGAGUGGUGGUUACGCGCACCAUUCAUGGACUCGGGCUGGGACCGGUGGUCCUUGCUCCACGGCUCCUAGUCCGGCGGGCAAGUUGCUCAAGGCGCUGGGGCCGGGAGCCUAGCCCUCGCAGCCACUGCGCCUUCGGAGCGCCAUGGAGAACGCGGAGACCCGAGGCAGUCGGCAGGAGCGAUUCCCAGACAAAGAUCCCCGGCUCACCCCCUUGUUCGCAGAUCAGGGGCAGCCGCAGCAGCCUCUGAUGAUGGUGCUGGAGCCCAGGGGGACCGACGGACACAGGCUAGUGGAAGUGUUAUUGACUGGGGGGGCUCCCUGGGGAUUCACCUUGAAAGGAGGGAAAGAACACGGGGAACCUCUCAUCAUUACUAAGAUUGAAGAAGGAAGUAAAGCUGCAGCCGUUGAUCAGUUACUAGCUGGAGAUGAGAUUGUGGGCAUCAAUGACAUAGGCCUCUCUGGAUUUAGACAGGAGGCAAUUUGCUUGGUGAAAGGUUCACAUAAGACCCUAAAGCUAGUAGUAAAAAGGAGGAAUGAUGUAGGCUGUAGGCCUCAUUCUUGGCAUGCCACCAAAUUCACAGAGAGCCAUCCUGAGACUGUUUCCUCCCAGCCCAGUGUCUGCACUUGGCAUUCUCGGUACCAUGCAAGCUCUUCGUCCCAUGACCUAUCAAGUUCAUGGGAUCAGACAAACCUGCAUCGCACUUCUGACCAGUUCAGUUCCCUGGGGAGUAUGGACAGCUUGGACCACCCUUCCCAGCCAUACUCCUAUGGACGACUUUCUGCCGCAAAGUCCAACAGCAGCAUUGACCACCUAGGCAAUCCAAACAAGCGUGAUUCUGCCUAUGGCUCAUUUUCUACCACCUCUAGCACCCCUGACCAUACUUUGUCUAAGGCUGAUGCCUCUUCUACAGAGAACAUGCUGUAUAAGGUAGGCCUGUGGGAUUCAGGAAAGCCAGGAAUUAGCAAACAAAUCCAGUCCUUCAGUGAUAAUACUCAAAGUCUAGAAGAGAGACUUGGAUGUUUGCCAUCUGCUUUCCAGUAUGAAAAUAACAGAAGCCCUAGAUUGGAAGAAAGUACUGAUCCCAAGCUUGUUAGUUCUGGAAGGUCUAGUUUUGGGCCUGUUUGGUAUGUCCCUGAGAAGAAAAAAGCAUCUUCUUCCCCACCACCCCCACCUCCACCUCUCCGUAGUGACAGUUUUGCGGCUACCAAAAGUCAUGAGAAAGCCCAGAGUCCUGCAUACUCAGAGAUGGCCGGCACCCAGCACUUUACAGUUCUCAAUCGAUCUCAGCCAAGGAGUGAGUGGAGGUCAGAAACUGCAGAUCAGCAGCGAAGAAUGAUACGAGUAAGUGAUGGGAAAAGGACAAGUAAUGCCACCUAUAAACCUGAUCUCAACUUGGACUAUAAUUGGCCAUCCUCUGAUGAUAGAUAUAGCAACAACCCAGGGAGUAAUAAUAACAGACUACAGUCUUCUUUGUCCAGCACGGAUGUUCGUUUUGCACAGCCUGCUUAUGGUUAUCACCACCAGCGCCAAUAUAGUGAUGAAAGCACUUUUUUUCACAGUUCCAGGGCAGCCAGUUCAUCAAAGGAACAGCGACAUUUGGCUCAUUAUGUUGGCCACCAAGAGCUGCCUGCUGACCACAUUCAGACCUAUAAUCCUGCCCAAGUUAGGCUACUGAGUACCCCUGCUUCCAUUGAUAGUGCUGCUGACCAGAAGAUUGAGAACACUGGACAGUCUCGUUACUACUGUAUAACAAAAAAACAACCAGCUCAGGGAAGCAACCAACCACAGCUCCUCAAAGAUGAAUAUUGGAAUUCUGGGACUGGGACUGAUGUGCCUUUUGGAACACAUGAAAAUCUUGCCAUAAACAUAAACAUGGUGGGCCCAAAACCCAAAUGCCACCUACCUCACUGUGACGAGUCUUCUAUGGAUUUCAAUGAAAGGAAUAAUUCUUACUCAAUGGAUAGAGGAGGAGAUGGCUGGCCCACUGGUGACGAUGACUCUCAGAAAUCCAGCCACGUUGAAAAAUCCAAUCAAAAGAGAGUUGUGGAAGACUUUAAGUGGGGUGAAGAAGAAAGUAGUAAAAUCUCUCCACAGAAGACCCCCAUGUUACAUUCCUUAGCUCAAGAAGGGAAAAAUAGGUCUGAAAACAGUCAAGAAACUAGUAUAGAGAAACCACUACCAUUUGAUGCACAGGUAGGUAAACCAGCACGAAGGAGUGACCGAUUUGCAACAACCCUAAGAAAUGAGAUUCAGUUAAGACGAGCAAAACUCCAGAAAAGCCGAAGCACAGCUACUUUGACCGGGACAAACGAAGAAGAAGAAUAUGCUGCCGGCUGGAAAACAGAGGCCAGUGAGAAUUUCAAUAAAACCUCGGAGGGAUCUUUCAAUAAUACCUAUAAGGACCACUUAAAAGAAGCCCAAGCCCGAGUUCUGAGAGCUACUUCUUUUAAACGGCGAGACUUAGAGCCCAGCUCUGCUGACCAUUACCCAAGGUCAUCACCUGAACAAAAGGCCAACGGAUAUAGUUCUUCCUCUUUGUUGACAUUAGAUUCUGAUAGUGCUUCCCAUUUCUUUGAUGUAAGUCAGACCAAGGCAUCCACGUCUGGGAAUGGUAUGCAGCAUGUGUCCCGCAUUGGAGGCAGAAAGAGAUUCACAGCAGAACAAAAGCUGAAGUCUUACUCUGAACCAGAGAAAAUUAAUGAGGUGGGAAUUUCAGGAGAUUACCAUCAUUCCCACCAGUAUCCCAGCACAUCAGGGGAAGCCAUGGGCUCUUUUGCUGAUCGGUGGAAGUUUUUUGAGGAAACAAGUAAGCCUUCCCAUCAUAGGCCCACCCAAAGACAAGCCAUUUAUGGCUUGCCAAAAGAGCAGACUGAGAGACCAGGUAGAAAAACUUAUGGACAUGGUGGAGGAGAACAGUGGUAUCAAAAAAGGACACGGACUUCUUCUUUUGGAGAGAACUUGAACUACACCAGCAGUAAAGUUGACAGGGUGGGGAAAUCUGAGCAACCUCAGAGACUGGGAACCUUUGCAGAGUAUCAAGCUUCCUGGAAAGAACAAAGAAAGCCCUUAGAAGCAAGGAGUUCUGGGAGAUAUCAUUCAGCUGAUGAUAUACUGGAUGCUAGUCUUGAGCAACACGAGAAACCCCAGUAUAUACAUGAAAGAUCCAGGUCAUCACCAUCUACUGAACAUUAUAAACAGGAACCCUCUGCUGGAGUGAGAAGGCAAGCUGAUGAUUCUGGAGAAGAUAGGAAUUAUAUUCACUCUAAAAUCAGUACUGAUGAGGGGAAUUCCACUCUGAGCUUCUUUUCUAAGCUCACUGUGUCUCUUCAGCCUCCUCUAAGCAAAGAGCAAACCUGCGUUCUUUCAGGGUCUCAGAGGCCAGCAGAUACAGAACAUCGGGGAGAAAGUCCAGGAGAAAAAAGAGAUCCAUUGGAUGAAAAUCUAAGCAGCAAAUCGAAAUCCACCGAGCCAACUCACACUAGAGAGCCUCUAGUUUCACCACAAGAGAGCCGAGGCAGGUCUGGGACAUUGCCUAGUGAUUAUAGAUAUUCAGAAGAAAACAAAAAGGAAGAGACCCAGUAUCCUGACGUGCCCCCUCAAACCUGUUCUGAACUUCACGCUAAGAACGACGGUGUCAAUCCCUCCUCGAAAGGCAGAGAGGAAGACUCCCGGUGGAUAGAUUUGACAUCAUUCAGCAAAAGACGGGGGCCAGCACCUCAAAGGCCGCCCCCACCCAAACGAGACGCCAGUAAAUACAGACGUCAGGACUGCACCCCGUCCUCUGUUGGGAGCUCUUCUGAAUACCUGCUAGAGGUACCCAGCAGGCCUGUUCAGUCUCAAUCCCCUAAUUCUCCUGAUGUGUAUGUGAAUCCUUCCACCCUUCCCCAGAGCCCUUCUGCAUUUGGUGAAAAGCUCAAUAGCGCUCAGCCACAGGAUUCUAGGCAGCCUGCUUCUGCAGAGAAUGACUGUCAGCACUUAAAUGAAGAAACAUCAAAUCUUAAGCCCGAAGCUGUUUUGUCUUCAAAAUACCAUCAUCUUCCAAAAUCUGGAAUGGAAUCGUCUCGGUCUCCUUCCCCUCAAUUUGCUCCACAAAAACUGACUGAUAAACCUCCGUUGCUAGUCCAGGAUGAGAACUCAGCAAGAAUUGAGAGGGUCAUAGAUAACAACACUACGGUGAAGAUGGUCCCUAUCAAAAUUGUCCACUCUGAAAGCCAUGCAGAGAAGGAGAGUCGACAGAACCUUGUAAGCACCAUGGAACCUCCUGCUUUGCCCAGUGGCUUGGAAAAAGACCAAAUCAAGACACUAAGCACCUCUGAGCAGUCCUACUCACGCUUCUGCGCCUAUACCAGGCAGGGUGUGGAGCCUGAGGCUGAGAAUAAAACCAGAGUGUCUGACUCAGAACCAACUGAAGCCUUGGGGUACAACUUGAAAGACAGCGAUGUAUCCACCCCAGUUGUCAGCUACAUGAAGGCCAAAGAGAAGACACUGGAAGACUUGAAGUCAGAGGAACUAGCCAGGGAAAUUGUAGGAAAGGAUAAAUCCUUGGCAGAUAUUCUGGAUCCCAAUGCAAAAAUAAAAACCACCAUGGACCUGAUGGAGGGAAUCUUCCCUAAAGAUGAACAUCUCUUAGAAGAGGCUCAGCAACGUAGAAAGCUGCUUCCAAAGGUCCCUUCUCCCAAAAUUACAGACGAAAAGAAAGAAGAACAGAGCGCACCAUCUGCCAUCUCCCUGACAACCAAUUCCACUUACUACAGUACAUCUGCACCCAAGGCCGAGCUUCUGAUUAAAAUGAAGGACAUGCAGGAGCAGCAGCAGCAACAACAGCAGAUUGCAGAGGAUUCUGAAGAUGAGCUCGACCAUGACCUGUCAGAGAAGAAGGAGCUCAUUGACAGCAUCAGCCGAAAGCUGAAGGUGCUACGGGAAGCCCGGGAGACACUCCUAGAGGAUAUCCAAAAUAACAAUGCUCUAGGGGAUGAGGUGGAAGCCAUCGUGAAAGAUGUCUGCAAACCAAAUGAAUUUGACAAGUUCAGGAUGUUCAUUGGAGACCUUGACAAAGUGGUCAAUCUCCUGUUGUCCUUGUCUGGAAGACUAGCCCGGGUGGAAAAUGCCCUGAAUAACUUGGAUGAAAAUACAUCACCUGAGGAACAGCGAACGCUCCUUGAGAAGCAAAAACUGCUCACGCGCCAGCAUGAAGAUGCAAAAGAGCUCAAAGAAAACCUGGACCGCCGGGAGCGCAUCGUUUUUGACAUUCUGGCCAGCUACCUGAGCGGGGAAAGCCUGGCUGACUAUGAGCACUUCGUGAAGAUGAAGUCAGCCCUCAUCAUUGAGCAGCGGGAACUAGAAGAUAAAAUCAAGCUGGGUGAGGAGCAGCUGAAGUGUUUGACUGAGAGCCUCCCACCCGAACGGGUCAAGUAAGAGGAGAAAUGUCCUGCUGGAGGGCUGGAGCAGGAGUUUUCAGGCCCAGUUUCUGAGCGUGCAAAGUUGGGGGAGGAACCCAGCUUAUAUUUAUGCCCUGUGGAAAGAGUCCUAAAUACAUUUAUAGAGAGAGCAGAAUUGCUAUCUUACAAGAGCAAUAACUUCCUCAUUUGUUUCGUUUGGAUGAUGUAUUUAAUUUGUUUUAGUUUGUUCUCAUUGCUGAGCUCAAUGGCUCAUCUUAUGCUUCCUUCUUUAGAAAUGACUGCAAAUGAAACUAGAAAAGUUUAAGCUUCAAAUUCAGUGUGUUGUGAAGUCUAUUCCAGUAGUGCAUGCAGAUAAUUUUUUUUAAUGAAAUAGCUACUGUUUCUCCUGUCUUCAGAUGCUGUACGGAUUGUUGAUGAACCCAACUUUAAUGAGUAUGUGGACAGCGUGCAGCCUUAUAAGGAAAUGAGACAUAUCAGGGGGAGAAAACUCUGGUGUAGACCUCUAAUAAUUCAUCCAGGGAGCAGGGCUGCAUUUUCAUAUCUGUUCCACCUCAUUUAACUUUAUAAGCAUUAACUUAUCAUAUCAUAUAAUGAUGUUAUCUGGUCCUAGCAGAUGAUAAUAAUUUAUUAACACUUUGGAAAGGUGAAUGGUUUGUUAGUGGUUUAGAACCAGUUGUGAAAUUGAUUCCCUAAACUGUUGGCUCAGGCCUCCUGAGAAUGAAAUACCACUUAAGGAAAUAGUGUGCAUGCCUUCUCUCCUUGCCACUGCCAUGCCCCUCCAUCCCCCCCCAACCCCAUCCAAAUGAUGUUUCCUUGAAGACUAAGUUCAUUACUUUUUAAAAUGUCCCGUCCCCGAAGUAGCGUGGCCAUUAGGGUUAACGAGUUGGUGUUUCACCAGAACAUCUUAAUAUAGUCUGUAUUUUCUUUUCCCCUACACCACAGUCGUUUUGUGUGCAUAGUCACUAAAAUAAUGACACUCAAUGCUGCUUACCUCCUUUGAUAUGCUUAAAUGGGUCACCAAAGCUUUUUGGGGACACAUUUCAUUCCAUUGUUUGUCUCACCCUACUUUUAGCAACCACCCAAAAUGUAUAAUUGCUGUUCAAAAUCUUUUCAUAACUGUUUUCUAAAAGUUUGUAUCCUUUUUUUACUCACUGAAAAACAAAAUUCCAACAUAAGAAAAGGCUGUUGUCAUGUUUCCAGUAGCCUAGUUAUUUUCACAGAAGAUAAUUUUAAAGUGAUGUGCUUCCACAAAAAUCAUUUUCUAGUUCAAUGUACAUUUCAAGGCAAGAGGAACCUUGUACAACUUCAUAUUUUAGAUUAUAAUGGGACGAUUGUUAAAGGAUCAUUUUAAUACUUUUUUAAUUGUUCUAUUUCUACAGAAUGUUUUCCCAAUUAGGUAGGCCAACCUUCCUUUCAGCAUCCAUCAGAAGAACUGCACAUACACACCCACUCUCACACACACACACACACAAACUUUUAAAAGAACAGUGACAAAACACACUAAAUUAGCUGAUACGGAAAUCAGUUCUUAACACAACUUCAACAUCUAUACUUCUUUCUUUUGUCAAUUUUAAUGUGUAACUUCCCAAAGUAUGAAGUUACCAACGAGGAGAUUUUUUUUUUUUUACAGUGUCAGAGGAAAAUACACACACAUACGUAAUAUGUACACACAUACAUAUGUAUAUACAUAAAUAUGUACAAACCGAAAUAGUUGCACACAUAUAUGAGCAGGCAGUCUGCAUCAUUGGAGGAACCUUCCAAAUUGAUGAGAUCAUAGAUCCAUAUGAGUACACGCAUACACAUAUACAUGUGCGUAUCCAUAUAGAAGCCAGUCUUUCUACUGUAACGUAGAUCAUUUUUUCAAAGUUUUUAUUCCUAUUAAGUUAAACUCCUUCUUCAGUUUGAAAGCCCUUAUACUUCUAAUGAAGUAAUCUCCCUUCUGCCCAGAAGUCAUUUGCUGCUAUAACAAGUAAUGUCAGGGCAAAUGAUAUAUUUUGUCCUUGAUUGCCACCUCUUCCAAUUGUAGCUAAGCUAACUUAAAGAAUUUCAGUGUGCUUUUAAAAAAAAAAUUAGACAAAGAUAGGACGUUCUCCCUUUUAUCUGUAAUUCCCUGUCCCCUUGCCUGUCCCCUACCCUUUGAGGAAAUUCAGUGUACUGAGCAUGUUGCUGAUUUUGUUACUGAAAGAUCCAUGAUUUUAUCACCUUUCGGUGAUGCCGAGUACAGUAUAGUAUUGUGAUUGUUUUGAUGAUAAAUGUAUGUGUAAUGUGAAUAAUAUAAUUUGUGUCUGUAUCUAAUGCUUUGAUUUAGGUGUUUCUCUCACACAUAGCAAUACCGAGUGCUCUCCUGUCGUCUGGCGAAGCAGCAUCUUGUUCAUCACUGCCCCAACCCAUUUCCUGUUUUACCUCUUCUUAAAUGUUUGGUUAGAAGGGACCCAAAGAUUCUUGUGUCUCCAUGUACAUAAGUUUGUAAAUAGCUAUAUUAUUGCUUAAGAAAAAUCUGGUGCUAAUGUUUUGCCUCUGGCAUUUCUUAGGUGAUGGCUAAUUCUUCACCUUAUGUUAUAGCUCCAUUGUAGACUUCAUUGUAUAGUGAGAUUUCCGUCCUGGUUCCUGGCUGCAGCUUGGAUUCUGCAGUCUUUAGUGGAAAAAAUGUGUACAGAUUUCAUGCUUGACACUUAACACUUACCUAUUGGCAAAUUACACUGCUUGACUUAAAGGAAAUAAAUAGUGUCUAUUUCAAUGUA